CGAAGCCCCCACCCGACGCCUUCGCCGGUCGUGGUCCCACGUCUCCCGAUCCGAGCAUCCCCCGCCCGCAGCCUCACAUCCCUCCCGCUCCCAUCCCACCACCUCCGCCAUGGCCGCCGCCUCCCUCCUCGAGCCCACUCGUCUCCUCUCCUCCCCCCUCCCGCGCCCAUCCUCUCUCCCUCUCACCCCUCGCCGCGGCCUCCACCUCCUCUUCAAACCCCCGCGCCUUCUCCCCGCCCUCCGCGCCCACCGUCUCCCCCAUCCCGCCUCCCCGGAGCCGGCUCAACCCCAGUCCCACGCGCUCCUCGUCUUCGACACGCUCAGGCGAUCCGUCCUCGACUCUCUCGCCGCUCUCAAGAGGCCCGCACUCGCGCUCCUGCUGGCCGGCGCGCUGCUCACGGCAGCGGCGGGGGGCCCCCACCAGGCGCUGGCGGCCUCUGGGGGCCGCGUUGGCGGGUCCGCCUUCUCCUCGCGGUCGUCGUCCUCGUCGUACGGGUACACCGCGCCGGCGCCGAGAGGCGGGUACUCGGCCGCGCCCUUCUACUCGCCCUCGCCGUUCGUGUCCGUCGGCCCGGUCGUCGGCUUCGGGUUCGGGGGCUCCGGGUUCCUCCUGACCCUGAUCGGUUUCGCGGCCUUCCUGUACCUCGCCGGGUUCCUCUCGGACUCGUCGGGCGGUGGCAGUGUGCUCACCGAGACGCAGAAGACCACCGUCCUCAAGCUACAGGUUGGCUUGCUGGGCAUGGCCCGAUCAUUUCAGAAGGAACUUGAUCAAAUAGCUGAGAAAGCAGAUACGUCUACCCCGGCUGGGUUGAGCUAUGUGUUGACAGAGACUACAUUGGCUUUACUUCGGCAUCCAGAUUGCUGUAUCUCAGCUUACUCAUCAGUGGAUGUGAAACGAAGCAUGGAUGACGGGGAGAAACGUUUCAAUCAACUAUCAAUUGAGGAGAGAGGCAAGUUUGAUGAAGAGACACUCGUGAAUGUGAACAGCAUCAAGAGGAAUAAAGCAGGCAGCCAAAGAUCAAGUGGUUUUAGCAACGAGUACAUCGUGAUAACCAUAUUGGUUGCUGCUGAGGGAGUACAUAAGCUACCUGCUAUAAAUGGCAGCAAUGACUUGAAGACAGCUCUACAAAAGCUUGGUGCUAUUCCGUCAAGCAAAAUACUGGCAGUCGAGGUCCUAUGGACUCCACAAAAUGAGAACGACACGUUGUCAGAGAGAGAGCUCCUUGAAGAUUACCCGCUUUUGAGGCCUCUAUAAAAGAAAAUUGCAGAUUACCCUAUGAAGAAAGAACAAGUUGUAGAUUCAGUUUUUGCGGUAAUCUUAUUAACUAUAGCACAGAUCUUGUAUUUGGAAAAUAUAAAUUUGUAAAAGUCGGCCUACAUUACAGAACUGUAGUGCACUGCAGUGCAAUUGUAUGAAGGUAGUCUCGUUCACUGUUCCUGACACAAGUUUGUAAAUAGGUUGUUCUGAAAGAACACGUAAGUCUAUGUUUGUGCGUA